AUGGAGCUCGACGGAGAUGAUGAAGCCGAACGCGGAGGAAUAAAUCCGGUUGAUACUUUCUGGAACGUGACGAUCGUCCGGAGAAAUGAGGGAAUUGGCCGCAAAAUCAGGGUCCGUUUGAACGGAAUUAGACGAAGCGACGAGGCGCAGCAAGAAGAAGACAUCGCUGCUGCCAUAAAAAGAUAUCUAGAUUCUUCCAUUCUAGCUUCGUCUUCCUUCUUCUUCGUCUUGCGUUCGUCAUCUCACCACGCUCCGCUAAUAUUAAAUACCGAAUCAAUCAUGAUUCUCGUCGGGAUGGGUUCAAAGUCGGUGGUUGACAUGAUACAAGCCUCCUCGGGGGUUCAUUUUUCUGGUUUCCAUGUGAAUGGCUUGGAACCUCAACCAAGAGCAGUUACGGAUUCCACUUCUGCAUCAGAAGAGAUCCAAAGACAGCCUUUUGUAAUAGGUGUUGCUGGAGGUGCAGCAUCAGGAAAGACCACUGUUUGUGAUAUGAUAAUACAGCAACUGCAUGAUCAGCGUGUUGUCCUUAUUAACCAGGACUCAUUCUAUCAUAGUUUGACUGAAGAAGAACUUGCUAGAGUUCAUGAAUACAACUUUGACCAUCCGGACGCAUUUGACACAGAGCUAUUGUUGUCUUGUAUGGAGAAAUUGAGGCAAGGGGAAGCUGUAGAUAUUCCAAAAUACGAUUUCAAAACAUACAAGAGCAGUGUUUUCAGAAGGGUAAAUCCUACGGAUGUAAUCAUUCUUGAAGGGAUACUUUUGUUUCAUGAUCCACGUGUUCGAAGAUUGAUGAACAUGAAGAUUUUUGUGUGUACAGAUGCUGAUGUUCGUCUGGCAAGAAGGAUAAGAAGAGAUACUGUCGAGAAUGGUAGAGAUAUCGGCGCAGUACUUGACCAGUACUCAAAGUUUGUGAAGCCUGCUUUUGAUGACUUCAUUCUUCCGACGAAGAAAUAUGCAGAUAUUAUAAUCCCUCGUGGUGGGGAUAAUCAUGUAGCUAUUGACCUAAUUGUGCAACAUAUUUGCACCAAGCUGGGUCAACAUGAUCUCUGUAAAAUAUAUCCUAAUCUCUAUGUUAUACACUCAACAUUCCAGAUAAGAGGGAUGCACACCCUUAUACGAGAUUCUCAGACAACCAAACAUGAUUUUGUCUUUUAUUCCGAUCGAUUGAUUCGGCUGGUCGUAGAACAUGGUCUUGGACAUCUUCCCUUUACUGAAAAGCAAGUAGUAACUCCAACCGGAUGUGUAUAUUCUGGUGUUGACUUCUGUAAACGGUUGUGUGGUGUCUCUGUGAUUAGGAGCGGUGAGAGCAUGGAGAAUGCGUUGCGAGCAUGUUGCAAAGGUAUCAAGAUCGGGAAGAUCCUAAUUCACAGAGAAGGCGACAAUGGUCAACAGCUCAUCUAUGAAAAACUUCCAAACGAUAUCUCGGAGAGGCACGUCCUGUUGUUGGAUCCUAUCCUCGGCACAGGAAACUCAGCAGUUCAAGCUAUCAAUCUCCUUAUUAGCAAGGGUGUACCCGAGGGUAACAUCGUAUUUCUAAACCUCAUCUCGGCACCUCAGGGUGUUCAUGUGGUCUGCAAGAAAUUCCCAAGACUAAAGAUUGUGACAUCUGAAAUCGAAGAUGGGUUAAACGAAGAGUUUCGUGUUAUUCCUGGAAUGGGCGAGUUUGGGGACCGAUAUUUUGGCACAGACAACGAUUAGGACAGUGUGGUCCUGCAGCAUUAGUUGUCCCUUCCAUGGCCUGCAAUGCAGUUUAUCUAUGCAAUCACCAUCUAUCCGCUACAACACAACGGCUACACAAACUAUCAAAUGAAUCGCCUUUAAUGUUGGUUUUCCCAUCUAAACCUCCUCAAGAUCUUGGGAACAGUUUUGAUUUACUUUUGAAUGCCCAAGUAAGGGGUUGAUCGAACCCGGGACUCGGUACUCUGAAACUUGUGUACCAUAACAAUAUAUAAAUUAUCCUUGGAACACACUUGAUACUCCAUCUGCAACUCCUGUGUACCAUAGAUAAAUAUCUUUGGAACUCCACAUUGAUACUCCAUAACUAUAUUACAUCAUUUGGCUUCAAUGUUCAGAAAUAUCUCUUUUGUGGAUGCACACACGUGUGGUUCAAGUGUGUGAGAGAGGUACUAUACAAAUGACUCUGCUUUUGUUUUGUACCUAUGUCUUUCUCUUCUCCACAUAUCCAAGACUUUGGGGAUAAAGCUGGGAUCAUUGGCUGCCAUUUGGUAGUAGAAGCAAUGCUUUAUCCGAGGUUGAUAAAUUUCCUCGGGCUCUCCUUCUGACACGUAUGUCAGAAUUCUAACAGUAUAUUCCUCGUAGAUAUUACCUAUAUAAGUCAAAAGUUGCAGGUACUUAAGGCUUUGUCUUGGCGUCCUCGUCCUCUUCAGCAAGAACACGUCUCUCUUGCACUCCAAAAAGCAACCAUGUCUGCUUUUGUUGGCAAAUACGCAGAUGAGCUGAUCAAGACGGCCAAAUACAUUGCAACACCGGGAAAGGGCAUUUUGGCGGCAGACGAGAGCACAGGAACCAUCGGGAAACGAUUCUCCAGCAUCAAUGUUGAGAACAUUGAGUCCAACCGCCAAGCUCUCCGUGAGCUCCUCUUCACUUCCCCAGGCGCUCUCCCUUGCCUCUCCGGUGUUAUCCUCUUCGAGGAAACUCUCUACCAGAAAACCUCUGAUGGCAAACCCUUUGUGGACUUCCUCCUGGAGAAUGGAGUUAUCCCCGGGAUCAAAGUGGACAAGGGUGUGGUUGAGCUAGCAGGGACCAACGGUGAGACCACUACGCAGGGUCUAGACUCGCUUGGUGCACGUUGCCAGGAGUAUUACAAGGCAGGAGCCAGGUUUGCCAAAUGGCGUGCAGUCCUUAAGAUUGGGCCCACCGAGCCGAGCGAGCUCUCGAUCCAAGAGAACGCCAAGGGGCUAGCCCGCUAUGCCAUCAUCUGCCAGGAGAAUGGACUGGUCCCAAUCGUUGAGCCAGAGAUACUGACUGACGGGAGCCAUGACAUCAAGAAAUGUGCGGCGGUGACUGAGACGGUUCUUGCUGCCGUGUACAAGGCCUUGAACGAUCACCACGUCCUCCUCGAAGGCACUUUGCUUAAACCUAACAUGGUCACUCCCGGCUCCGACAGCGCAAAGGUUACAUCAGAUGUGAUCGCGGAACACACGGUGACUGCUCUCCGGCGCACGGUCCCAGCAGCGGUUCCAGGAAUAGUGUUCCUCUCAGGCGGACAGAGCGAAGAGGAAGCGACGCAAAAUCUGAACGCAAUGAACAAGCUCGAUGUGUUAAAGCCAUGGACGCUCACUUUCUCCUUCGGCCGAGCCCUUCAGCAAAGCACCCUCAAGGCUUGGGCCGGUAAGACCGAGAACGUAGCCAAAGCUCAGGCCACGUUCCUGACCAGGUGCAAGGCUAACUCGGAUGCUACCCUCGGGAAAUACACCGGUGGGGCUUCCGGUGACUCUGCCGCCUCCGAGAGCUUGUUUGUGAAAGGAUACAAGUACUAGGACCGUUUGAAAACAGGCGUCGCGUUUUAUGCGGUUUGAGUAUAUAUAUAUAUAUAUGAUGUUUCUUGGGCGUUUAACUGCUUAAAUGUUUUUCGAUUUGGUUUAGCGUUUGACCAAACUAUGUUAUGUUCUUAUGCUGUGCCUGCCCUCUCUCUCCCUCUCUCUCCCUCUCCCUGUUUAAAGGUUUGUGUCAUGGUUUCUUUCAAGUUUUCGCGCCAUAACAUAACCGUUAAUUUGGUUCAAAAAGUUCGGUAAUAUCCCCUCAGUGGGCCCAACAAGGG